UCGAGUAGUUAAAUGACCGUGAUCAACAAAGUUGAUUUGGAAUAUUGUGGGAGCUGUGAGAUUAAACUUUUCUAACAGUUUGGAAUCGUUCUUUAUAAUGUAUUUAUUUAUUUGGAGGACAAAAAUAGACAAUGGAUAAAAAAUGAUACGAUGUCGAAUGUUAAAGUAGCGGUGCGAGUUCGUCCAAUAAAUAAAAGAGAAUUAGAACAAAAUGGCAAAAAUAUCGUGGAUACAAAUGGGGAUGCUAUUAGUGUAACGAAUAUCAAGGUAGACAGCCAAGCAGAAUAUGGAGAUAGUAGAGAAAGGAUAAAAACUUUUACAUUUGAUUAUUGUUAUGACUCUACUGGAGAGCCUCAUUCCCCACAGUAUGCUCCUCAGCAACUGGUAUUUCAAGACCUUGGUACUGAGGUACUACAGGCAGCAUUUGAGGGGUAUAAUGCCUGUGUGUUGGCCUAUGGUCAGACCAGCACAGGGAAAACCUAUACCAUGACUGGUAUUAGGGAAGACCCAGGUCUAAUUCCAAGAAUUUGUGAAGGUUUAUUUAGCCGUGUAGAUGACUUUGAAGCAUCAGAUCGUACCACCUUUCGUAUAAACAUUAGCUAUUUGGAAAUUUAUAAUGAAAGAGUCCGAGAUUUGUUACGACCCUCACUAUCACAACGCAAUGAAAAAUAUACCCUCAAAGUUAGAGAACAUCCAAAAGAAGGUCCAUAUGUACAAGAUUUAUCUUCACAUGUUGUUAAAGACAAUGAACAAAUACAGACAUUAUUAGAUAAGGGAAACGAAAGCAGAACUACAGCAUCCACGUACAUGCAUGAUCACAGCAGUAGAAGUCAUGCUAUUGUUACAAUUAAUUUUAUUCAGGCCAAGUUAGAUGACGAUCUACCUCAUGAAAUUGUGAGCAAGAUACAUUUAGUAGACUUGGCUGGAAGUGAGAGAGCGGAUCCAAACUGGAGCUUAAAUUACAAAGGCAGACUUAAAGAAGGGUCAAACAUUAACAAAUCUCUUGUCACGUUGGGAAAUGUUAUUAAAACCCUAGCUGAGAAAUCAAUAUUAUCAUGGAGUACCGACAGUCUAGGGUCCACUCAGAGUUUUGCCAGUAGUGGUGGUGGUGAAGGGAGAGCCAGCCCCUUCUGUAGUCCAAAACGUAUGCGUCAACCAUACAUACCAUACAGAGACUCUGUGUUGACAUGGUUACUGAAAGACAGUCUUGGUGGAAACUCAAAAACAAUCAUGAUUGCCACUAUCUCCCCAGCCAGUAUUUGCUACAACGAAACCAUCAGUACCCUCAGAUAUGCACAGAGAGCUAAAAACAUUGUGAAUAAACCAAAGAUUAAUGAGGAUGCUAGUGUGACAUUAAUAAGAGAACUGAGAUCAGAGAUUGACAGACUUAAACAGUUACUGUCAACUUCACAAAUGGGGUUUUAUCCAACCAGUGAUGUGAUGUAUGUUGUACCAUUUCAAAAGUUGCAACGAGAGGGAGAAAGUAUGCUUCCAAUUCAAGAUUCAGGACAAGCUCUUGAACAACAACUUCAGAUUCAAGAAGACAGGGCAAAUAAAUUGACACAAACCUGGAUGGAUAAAUGGAUGGAGGCACAUGAAAUCAUCAAGGAAUCUGACCUGAGUAUUAGAGGGCUAAAUAAAGCCAGCUCCAUGGGAGUGUUGAUAGAUUCACAAAUGCCACACUUGAUAGGGAUGGACAAUGACAUCCUUAGUACUGGAGUUAUUAUUUACCAUCUAAAGGAAGGAAAGACUCUGGUUGGAAGAGAAGAUGCCAAAAGAGAGCAGGAUAUAGUUCUGAGUGGUCCAGGGAUUCAGAGAGAACACUGUUUAAUCAAGAAUGUAGAUGGCAGUGUAACAUUGUAUCCAAACAGAGGCUCUCAAUGUACAGUCAAUGGACUGGAUUGUAAAGCACCAGUUCUUCUUAAACAAGGUGAUAGUGUCAUACUUGGAAAGAGUCAGAUGUUCAGGUUUAACAACCCAGCAGAGGCAGCUGUACUCAGGGAAAGAAGAGCUUCUCAAGAGUGUUUAUUAGAUGAACCAAGUCCAUCUUUCAUGGAAACUGACCAACAUAGGACUGUUACAGCCAACAGAACUCACUGUUUGUAUGCUUCCACCGAAUUCUGUUUACAAUUGGAGAAUCAGUACCAGUCUGAAACAGAGAAAAUAGAACGAGCAAAGGAAGAGUUAGAAAGGUUAAAACAAGAACAUUUACAAGCUGAGGAACAAAGACAAUUAAAGGAGGAAGAAUUGUGGAAUACUCAUAAUCAUCAUUUACAUGAAAUAGAGGAAGAAAGGAAAAGAUUGACUAAAUUAAAGGAGGAGACAUUUAUACAGAGACAGAAAGCUGACCAGGAGCUACAGUAUUCUAGAGAGUGUCUGGAGAAAGAAAGAGAAGCUUUCUACCAAGAACUACAGAGUGAAUUGACUAGAAUUAGAACUGGUAAAUCUAAAAGUACAGAUGAUGAUUCUGUUUUCCCAGAAGACAUAGACACUAGUGAAGUUUAUAUUGACUUUAUUAGAAGAAGGAAACUUUCUGUUGAAGGCCAGCUUAAAACUAUUGUUCAGAAGGAAAUCCUGAGGACUUUUUCUCAUCAAGAAACUGAAAAAUCUCUUCGUAAAAAGACUGAUGAUUUAGAAGAUGAGUUUGAGUUGUCUAAACAUCAGAUUGAAAACCAGUUGGUCAAGAUUAAAGAAAUAGAGGAACAAUAUCGACAGAGAGAUGCCAAACAGUAUACAGAAAUAAACAAAACGGAAUCAGAAUUAGACGAGAUACAACAAAGAGAGGAGCAAUUGGAACUGUAUAUAGAGGAAAAGCAGGAUCUUUUAAAUGUAAAAUCAGAUAAACCACGUCCACUCAGGACUGCUUGUAGUGUGGAGGUUCUUAAUAACUUACCAGUAGAAACAGAAUUUGGUCAGAAGACAUCUAGUAUGUUAGCAUUAAAUAGAGGAAGUGUUGGUGACUUGCCGGCUAUUUCUCAUCAGUUUUCAUUGUCUUCCAUGAUGUCUGUUGAUUCUGGGAGUACAGAAUCAGAUUUAAAUAGCAGUCACUCAGAUAGUAAAAGUAAAUUAAUUUCAGGUGCUAAGAAGAAAAUUUCGACAGGGGCAAAAAGUGUUACUGAUAGACUGUAUCAAAAGUCAACACCAAAAUUCAAAUAUGAACCAAAAACUAAAAAAACUUCAUCGCCAGCUGCAGAUCACAAAACCAGAGGAAGGAAAGGGUUACAAUCAGACAGUGGUUCCCCUCAUAGAAUACAUGAUAAUAAUGGAACUAUUAAGAAUUCGACUCCUGAAAAAAGAAGGAGAACCUCUCCGUCGAAGACUGACAAUGCUUAUGAUACAUCACAGUCAUGUGAAAAUCAAACUUUAUCAAGGAAUGCUUCAAAACGACAUGUGAAAAGUAGUACCUCAUUAGCAAGUGUACCAGAAGCUGUUGGAGAGGAAGGGGAUGAUCAAAUCAUGCAUUCUACUCCUGACAUAUCACAAGUUGUAAGGAGGAGAAAUAAAGGCAACAGAAGUAAUGUCUUUGAUGAUGACUUCAGGAGACACUCAGAACCAGCUGGAGAAGAAUUGGCAGAUGCCUUUGAAAAAUAUUCACAAGAAAUGGAACUAUCUGGUGGAGUUGAUAACUCUAAUUAUAGACAUAGUGUAAGUCAGGAUGAAAGUGUGUCAAAUAGAAAUAAUGUUGACAUUCCGUCAGUAAUUGUGUCUGAUGAUACUGAUAAUGUAACAUUCCUUAGCAGAGGGGUCAUCAGUGCUCAGGGACAAGAAUGUCAGGUUUCUAUGGCUGUACUUGACGGACAAGAAAGUGUAGUAACUAUGGAGGACGUUGAAGGUCAACAAAAAUUUCAUGUUUCUAUGGAGGACCAUGCAGGUUUUAUGGAAUGUCAGUCGGACAGUACAUCUCAGGAAUCUUAUUUAGUCAUAAAACCUGACGUAAGAUAUGAAAAAGAAGUAAAAGUUAGUGAUAACAAUACAAAUAUUGAUGAGGUCGUGAACAGGACGGCAAACUUCACAGUUGAUCUGAUGCCAAUUAUAGAUGUGUCAUACUGUGAGGGAGAACCUUUAAUUCCCAAGUCACAUAACAGUAGCCAAAACACACUUUCUUCUGAAGCAGAUAGGUCAGACAUUCUUGAAAAUGAUUUGAAUCAGACUGAAAAUGUUGACACAGGUGAAUGUGUAGCACAAGGAAAUAGUGAAAACAUGAUUCGAAUAGGAAGUAAGCGAGAGCAUAAAUCACAUCCUACCUCAAAUGUACCCACAAAGCUAAGAAAAAGUGGUCAAAAUAACUAUCAAUGGCUAGUUAAUGCUAUUUCUAGCUUGAGUGAAGAAAAACUUUUGGAUUUAGAUUAUGGUGAGGAAAAUGAAAACUCAGAGGAAUCAGAUAAAAUUGACAAUGAAUUCCAUGGAAAUGAUAGUGAGCUUGAAACUGAUGGAAGUUGUGAUGAAAUCAUUGAUCAAGAAAAUGGACAAAGCUGGGGUUGGAAGGCUCCAACAGGAGAAAUACUUGUGAUAGAAAAUAAAGUAAACGAUAAUACUGACUCAAAUGUGUCUAGAUCUGAACAGGAAUAUCAUGAUAACAACAAGGAAUAUUAUUCUGAUUCAUUAGAUGAUGAAGAUUCAUUGGAUGGAUCAAGACCAAGUGGGGAUCACGAGGAGGAAGACAUGAGCGAUUCCUUAAAUAGCUCUGGUGAAGAAGGAAAUGAAAAUAAUGGUGAAAUGAAUGAAUACAGUAUAGAUAACCCUGAAAAUGGUGUCAUUGAAUAUUUUUCUGACAUUGAACCCGAUUUAGAAAAUGUCUUACCCGAGGAGAUGGUACAAGACUUGUCUGAUUAUGAUGAGGUUGCUGAUGAUGAUGAUGACGACAUGAUGGAAGAGCGUACACAGAUCUACAUACAAUAUCCUACGGACUUCCCAGGUAGUUUGUUAUACAGUAUUAAAGAAGAAUCUGUCCCAGCAUCACCUGAUCUGUCAGAAUCUAAAGAUUUCAGUUCUGAAUUAAGUUAUGAUGGCGAUCAGACGCUAGAAGAAGAUAAAUAUUUGUCACAGGUGGUAGUAUUAGGACAGGAAAAUCAAGCCACUGUUACCAGAACUGAGGGUGAUACUGAGGAAAGCGUUUCCGAGAUUCCUCAAGAUAAGGUACAGCAAACUAAACAAGGAAUUUGUGGGGAAUCCAAAGAUUUACAAAAUUUACAAACUUUAUCAAAUGAAAUGUGUGUAAGGAGUGAAACUCAAAUUGUACUAACUGCAGAAAUGGACAAAAUUGAAGAUAGUCCUUUUGUUUAUCAUCCAAUUGGAUCUGUUCAAGGUGAUCAGGGUAAAGUGGAGCUAGUAAUGUCAGCAAAAUCUGUUCAGAUCAGUGGAAUGGAUACAAGUGAUGUAAAUAGUGAGGAUGAUCAGGAAAACAGUGGUCUUUUACAGGAAACAACAAAAGACUAUGAUAGGAAUCUUGAACUUUGUUGUGUCAGUACUCAGAAUAGCAGAGAACUUGAUAGUGAAAAAAAUGAACAAGAUGGAUUUGAUAGAAAACAAUGUGAACAAGAAAGCAGAUUAAGUACUGACGACACAAAUAUUGUCAGUGAACCAUGCCAAGUUUGUAACAUCACUGACAGUGAACAAACAGACAUAAAUGAUAUCAGUGACACAAACAUUGAAUGUCAAAGUGCUUCCGAGUCAGUCACUGAUAGUUCAAACAGCUUUUUUGCUAACUGUACAUGUGCAAUGCACCAAGCUGCACAGGCUACAAAUAACAUAGGUAAACUUUCAAACAGUAAAAUUUUGGACAAAUCAAAAGCUUGUGAAAGUGAACUGCCAUUGAAACAAACUACCCUUCAUGAUCAAAAUAGCAAAGAUCAAAUAAACACACAAUUACUAGAUGCUAAUAAUUUGUCAGUCUCGGAGGAAGUUGAUAUGGACACUUGUAAACCGAUAAAUCUAAAUGAAGAGACAAACUGUGUUGGUGCUGAAACUCAAAAUGAGCAUGAAAAGGUUAGGCCAAAAUGUUCCGAAGACAAUUCUGUUAAUCCUAAUGAAUUCAUUAAAGUGAAACAUAGAAGAUCUAAACCUGAAACGAGGACUUUAGGAGUAUCAACCUCACCAGAUUUGGUUACUGUUGGUUGUGGUGAUGAUAUGGCCAGUGAUGAUUCUUUACAAGAAGUUCAGGAAGAACUACUUGUUCUACAGGAAGCUCUGGAUAAUAAAUCUCCAAAGUAUACCAAUACAAAUGGAAGCUCACUGUCAUCAGCAAGGAAAGCCACCAGAAAACGUGCCAUGCAGAAGAGAGGAAGUGGCAUUUGUACUGAAUCUGAAGAUUUAAUGUCCAGUGAUUCUCCUGAAAGCCAAAGUAAAUCAUCAUCUUCAAGACCUGAUUCAGCCUCAAGAAGGAGGAGACGUCCAAAUACCAAGUCAGCAGAUCGUUCUGGCAAGAAAUCAAAAGGAUUAAGUUCUGAUGAAUAUAUUACUUCUGAGAAUGACAGCAUCUACUCAGAUGAAUCUCCAUCCAGGAAGUCCCGGGAUGGAAAGAAGAACAAGGAAGAAAUACCUGUAGACAUUGCCAAGACUUUAAAUAGUUGUAUUGAUGAAUUAACUGAUUCGAUUACACAAAAUGAUGAAUUAGAAGAUAUUAGUAUGGAUAGGAAUAUUCCAAAUGGAUAUUCUGCAGGUGAUUCUGAACAGGAACAGUUAGGCACCCGACAGAAAAAUCGUCAUGUUAAUGGGAACUAUAUUCCCAGUUUACAACUUAGGAAUCUCAGUCAAAGUGAGGAACAGUCUUGUGAAUACAAUGGACAAGAUCAGUUAGAAGAUUCAAGACAAAUGUCUUGGAGGAGUUCUGUAUCAUCUGGAGGUCAAUCCUCAAGGUCAACCUCUGAGACAAGGGAUGCAAGUCAGCAGACGGACAGUACUUUUAUGUCACUGCCAAUAAGAUCACCAAUGUCAACACAGACAGAUGGUGGUUUGCUGCAUUCUCUGUCAGCAUCACCUAUCAGUGUAUGGAACUCUGUUGAUAAAUGUAUUAAAUCUCCAAAAGGUCAUAGUGAUGGAGGAAAGGAAAAAUCACCAGGUGGAAAGAAAAUGGUGAAAACUAAACACUGCAAACUUUCUGAUCUUACGCAUACUACUCCAGAUACUUGGUCAGCGGACAUAACUGACAUACCACCGAAUUUCGAUGCAAAUGUUGAUAAGGAAUCUGGAUCAGAAUCUGACGGUGAUGCUGUGAUCGUGGAAACUGAAACAUGUUCCCCUGCAACACCUUCAACGUCCGAUCAUUUUUUCGAAUCUGGUUAUAUGGUAUUACAAGAGCCACCAUCAGGAAGACAAAUUCCUGUUAAAUAUGAAGUGACUUUGAAACCUGAAGAAACAAAUAUUCUGUAUAAUGUGGAAAAAACUGAGUAUAAAACAUAUGGACUUCAUUCACCUGGCCAUGAAACAGAAAAUAUUCCUGAAAGCAUAAACAUUAAUAUUAUGGAUAGAACAUCAAAUAUUUCUGAAAACAGAUAUGAAACUAUCACACGGCAACAGUUCCAAAUAAAUCAAGCAACUGAUGAAACUCCUUCUGGAAAUAUAGUUUCGGAAAGAACAUUUCGUGCAUCAAGUGAAUUGUCUUCUGAUCGAUCUGAUUCAAAUUUGGAAAUAAGGUCUGAGCGUUCAAAUGUUGAAGAAGAUGAGCAACAUUUUGUGGAGACAACUGUUCAAAACUAUCCUAUUGACAAUGAUAGACUGAUAGGAAAAGUAGAGGAUACAUUUUCUCCAAGAGAAUCAGAUACUACAUCAGACUAUGGGACAAUGAUAUAUGAUAGAAGGAGAGGCGUUUCAGCUGCUUAUGAUUCCGAUGAUAUUGAUUCUUUAGCUAGUUAUGGGAAAUACUUUUCUGAAUCUCAUGAAAAUACUCCCCGUGGCAAGAAAACAAAGUUGGAUAAUGAUCUUGCAGAAAGCACAUCUUUGCAUGAUGGUGAAAAUGAACUUCAAAAUCUGGAACAAACAACAGAUAUGACACCAAGAUCAUUUACCUCAGAAGAGCAAAAGUUACCCAUCGAAUCCACGACCACAAGUCGUGACACUUCUAGGUCAUCUGAAGAUGUUUAUGUCACUGCUGAAAUGAGUCGUACAAGCUCUAUGUCAUCAGAAUAUAAAACACCACAACAAUCACCUAGGGAGGGUAAUGUAACGGAUGAUCUAUCAUGUGAAAACAUUCAAAUACCAGAUAUUUCUGACACAUCUAAAGCCUUAAUCAAUGAAAAACUCAAAGAGGAAAUGAAAAUGCAAAAGACUGUAUCUGUUAACACUGAACAGCUGAAAGAAAGGGAACAAGUUAUAAGAGAAACAUUGAAAAAUGAACUUCAGAAAAAAAUCGAGGAUUUGAAAUACAGUCGAAAAAGUAAAGACGAUUCUGCCAUCAGUUCUGAUUUCACAGAUGGAGAUUCUGUUUCAGUAUCACCAAGAGGAAGUCAGCUGUCUGAUAAAUUAUUAGGUGUUGGAAAUAUUGGUCCUGAUUUAGUUGCUGUGAGAACCACUGAAACUGAAACAUCUUUCAAACCUUCAUCUGGUGCUCAGUCAUACUUGCCAAAACUUGUAGACAUAGACAAUAAAAGUGUUCAGAAAAUCCCACAGAAAGAUUCUGGUAAUGUUUUUGAUGACGAGGACUUGGAGGAACUCAUGUCAGAAACGACAGAAUAUUUGUCAAAUGUACAAAAUCAAAAUAACGGAGCAAUAAGUGAUAGUGAUACAAUUGGUGGUCAGGAACAUCACUCACCAGCAUGUAUUGAAAACAAAAUGUUUGUGGAAAAAGAAUCAAGUGAUAGGUCAUUAUCCCCUGGUGAAAUUGUAGCAGACGACAUGUAUGAACAGUUUGCAUCAGGUCUUAAUUCUGGUAGUGGUGGUGAAAUGGAGAAUGAAUAUUUCAACAAUGAAAAUGACAAUAUUGAUGGACAUAAUGAUGACUCGAGGUCCAGCAUAGAAAUGGGGAUUAAUAGUAUGCCAGAAGGCCGAAAUUCUGCUGAACUUUUAGAAAUAAUGGACUCUAAAAAUCUGAAUAAGGAAAAAUGUUCGUCCCUUUCAAAUAUCAGGAAAGAUGUAGAUGUUUCUGACUUCCGUAGAUCUGUGUCUGAGAACUGUAUGGACCAGUAUGAGGAAGCUGCAUCUCUUCAUUCUAGUAGCUCAAAUGACAGUAUUGUUUUCAUAUUUAUGGGACAGUCACAUACCAGAGAAAGUAUGGAGAAACUGAAACAUUAUACAUCCAAACAAGAAGGAUAUAAAGUUCAUGAAUCUAACGAUAAUAUUCUGUCACAAAAUCAUGCUAAUGGGGAGACUCAUUCAUAUAAAGACAGUGAUUAUAAAGAUUCUGAUGGGAGUAUGGAUAGUCAAGAAGAAAUGAUAACAAACAUGGAACAUAUUUUAUCACAGAAUGAUUUAGAUAGUCCAGAGUUUUCUGAGGAAACUGGUAUUGAUAGUCAAGAAAUAUCUGAGGAAACUGGUCUGGAAAGUCAGGAAAUAUCAGAGGAACAAUACCUUGAUAGUCAGGAUAUAUCUGAGAAUAUUGACAGCAUGGGAGAUAAUCAAAGUGAUCCUCUGUAUUCAGGGGAGACAAGUCCACUUAUGACUGAGAUUGUAGAGGAAAUAGUAGUUUAUGAUGUUAAUCCAACAGAUACAGCUUAUGAGAAUAAAAGAGUUUUUUCGAGUCAAGAAGAGGACGAGGAGCCACUCCGACAUAAAUUUGGAAUUGAUGAAUCUAUACUGCCCAUCCCAACCAGAUCUGUUUCAUCAGAUAACUUGCCACGUAAAAUUUCAAAUCAGAGAAAAAUGCAUAGAUCAAGAUCAACAAGUUUGCUGGAUAUGGAAAAGCCAGAAAAAAUUACUACUUCAAGUGAUAAUGAAGGCAUCUUUCCUCCAAAUGUACAACACUCUGAAAGUAACAGCGGAGAACUUGAACAGAAGGAAGAUAAAGAAUAUAUCGGUGAUAUUGAACCUGACCUUGAAGGAGAGGAUGUUGAAACUGGUAGUCCUGACAUGCCUCCAACACCAGCGCCAAGUGUUGUAGACGACACAGAGGAGGACAAACAACCUUCUCAUGCUAUAAAUCAGGAUGUUCUAUACUCCUCCCUCUUCCCACUUCAAACCCAGCAGUCACAACUUGAUCAUAAUGGCAAUAUUGAAGACAUCUCAGGAGCUCAAGAUAGAACCCCUGAAAGAAGUAGACAACUAAUAUCACCGUCCAGAUUUGUAUCUGUUGGUACCCAGGCAGCUUUGGCCGAUUCUGAAACUCAGACAGAUGCUUCAGUGUUUAUAUCGCCUGAUGGCAAAAUAGUACAAGUAUUGCCAGGUUUAGACUCACCAUUAAGAUCUCAGAGUAUGGUCACUCUACAAGGCAGGAUGACACAGUUUAAUCCUUCAGAAGAUUCAGAAAACUGGUACAAUCUGUCCUCCCUCAUGUUAGAGACUAUACCAUUGCUAAGAAAUAUAAAUCAGAGGUUACCAGGAGCUGAUAUCAGUCAGGCUAGUUCUGUGGAAAAUUUUGUCGCUGCAGAAACAUCGUCUCUUUCAACACAAACAACAGGAUCACUGGAGAACUUAAACAAUACUGAUGAAGAUACAGUUAAAACAACUGAAUCAAAAAUGGUAGAAUCCACACAGACAGAAUAUAAUCUGAAACAUUCUUUUACAGAAACAUAUGAUUUGCCACCUGAAAAUUUGGAGAAGUCAGAAAUUUCCGUACAAACUGAUGAACCAGAAGUUAGAGUAACGGAAAGUAGCGAAAUAUCUGUGCAAACUGACUUUGUGUGGAGUAUGGCAAGUUCACAACCUAUCACAACAACCACUGCCUCCCUGAACUAUGCAUGGGCUAACGAACAACCAGAAACUGCAUCAGCAUCUGGUUCCUUGUUCUCUGUUGAUAGAACUAAUACGCAGACAGGAAACAUUUUAAAAUCAUCAGAAGAAACCACAAGAACUGAAGCUAAACCUCAACAUCAGACAUCUUCAGAAAAACAUGUGACCAGUGAUGGGGAAGAUAGCUCUGAGGAAGUGUAUACUGAAAAUUGUGUUAUGUUUUAUGACUUUGUUAACAAAUGUUACGUACAGAAUGUGGAAAGUUCUGAAUGGCAUCGUUUAGAGAAAAAUCGUAAGAAAAAUGGACAAGAAACAAUCGCUACAAAUACUAGUCAUCCUUCAGAAAGUGUUGUUGAUGUUAGAAAACAUGAUACUGUUGAAAGUCAUACUAUUGUCAAGAAUGACAAUACGGAAAUUGAUCGUGGAGUGCGGAUACAUCCAAGAUAUAGUGAGUACAUUUAUAAAACCUCUCCAAAACAGACCGACUCUAAAGAAGAACAGGAUGUGAAAUCUGAAGAAUCUAAAUCAUCUUACUCGUCAUUACAGCAAAAUGAUGCCUCAUCAUUUAGAAAUAGGUACUAUCGUGACAGUACUAAUCGUUAUGAUUUUACUGCAUCAAGAAAACAGGAGGCUGACAUGAAUGAGCGAAAUAUUAGCCCUACUUACAGAUCUCAUCAGGAGGAAAAGAGGCUGAAGGAUUUACGUUUAUCAGAAACUAAAACAAAAUAUGACAAACCACAAUAUCUUCAAGAAGAAAAUAAGGAAGAAAGACCUGAGUCACCAGAAGAAGUAAUUACUGUAGAAGAAAUAAUAAUAGUAAACACAGAGCCUACAGAUAGUGAAAUAGGAGGACAAUUGACAUCCUCAGAGAAAACCCACAGAGAUGCACUCUCACUGAAAAUAGAACCUCAGAAAUCAGAUUAUCAGUCUGCUGAUGAUGAUUCUCCUCAGGAGACAAUUACCGAGGAAAUAGUGACAAUAACAGAUUAUAUGCCAUGGGAGACAACUCCAAGUAGGAAAGAAAGGCUGACUCCACUGAAAACAGACCCAAAGACAACUACACAACAUCUGGAAAAAGAAGUUGUUGAAUCUCCAGAAGAAACAAAAAGUGAGGAAAUUAUAACAGUAACUACCAUUAUGCCAUGGGAGGUCAGUGAACAAACAAACACUCAGUCAUACACAUCACGUGGAAAGGAAAAUCUCACUUCACUGAGAAUAGAACCAAGAAAAACAACACAGGAACAUAUAGAGGAGGAAACAGUUGAAUCUCCACAAGAAUGGAUCACAGAGGAAGUGGUAAUAAUAUCUGAUUCAGAACCAUACAAAUGGGACAGAAAAUCGGUCAAUGCAACCACGACUGAACCUUCAAAAUGGGAUAGAAAAUCAGUCACUGCAUCCACUUCUGAACCAUCAAAAUGGGACAGAAAACUGGUCUCUCUAUCCACAACUGAAUCAUCAAAAUGGGACAGAAAACCUGUUACUGUAUCUAGGACUGAAGCAUCCAAUCUGGACAGAAAACAAGGCAUUGUCUCUACAACAGAACCAUCAUUACAGGACAGAAAGGAAGACACUUUUUCCUCUUACAUUUCACACAGGGACAGGACAAGAGACACACUAUCAUGGAAAACAAGGCCAACAAAAACAAAUCAACGGUUGGUUAAUGAGGAGAAUAUUGAAUCACCAAGAGAAGUUUUAACUCGGGAGGUGGUAACAAAGACCCAAACAAAACCUACAGAAUGGAAAGAAACUCUAGAGAGAGAUCUACAGUCACUUAAGAUUAAGCCUAGAACAUUUAAAAGACAUCACAUGGAUGAGGAAAUUCUUAUAGAUCGUGAAUCUCCGCAAGAAGAGGUGACUGAAGAGGUUUUGACAUUCACAGUACCUAUAGAUAGAAAACUACAUGAACCAUCUUUAUCAGAAACAUUUAAAUUCGAACGUAAAGUGCCUAUUGAAAAAUAUGUUGAUAAUGAGAAUAUUGUUGAGGACAUUGUAUCUCCCAGGAAAGAUGACAGUAGAUAUACAUUGUCAAAAGAUUACAUCAUGCCAACACGAGCUGGAAUCCGUCAGAAUACGAAUGAACAACCGUCUACUUCUUCACAACAGUCAACUUCAUCUCAGAGUGAUUCUUCCCAACGUACCUCAGAAACCGGACAAUCAGAACACCACUCCUUUGAAACUAAAACAAUAAAAAGAAAACAAUUAGAUGACAAAGGAGAUGAUGAAAGUGAUGAUGAGAAGGAAGGAAGAGAUGAAGUCUUUGAAAAAGUAUCAGAACAUCAUCAUUCAAAACAUGACAAUACUCAAGUUCAAACAAUACUGACUGAACGAGAGCAUGUUAUGGAGACGGAAUUUUACGUACCAGAUAUUGAGGCUAGUCAGGCUGAAAUGGAUGCUCUGAAGGAGGAGCAUGAGAAAACAAUGGAAGCUAUCAGAAAAGCUUCUUCUGAAAGAAAACAACGAACUGAUGAUCUGAAAAACAAAACUAAAAAGGUGAUAGAAACUGAAUUUGAAAUGACAAAAGAACUAGAAACUUUGAAUGAUGAGGAAUUAGAGAAAAGAAAUAAUGAAAAUAAACAAGUAACAUUUGAUAUGAAUUCAAUAGAAACGAGAGAAUACAGCAUUAUAUCAGAGGAUAAUGAACCUCAGGUUGUACCUGAAAAGACAUCGGUAACUGAAUACAUCACUGAAACAAAACAAGAUAGAUCAGACACUGAUGAUACUGAAAGUAAACUUCAAAAGCUGGAGACAGUGUGGAAAGAUUAUGUAAGGAUAGAGAAAGAACUGAAACAGCAGAACGAAGAAAAUGACGACAAAUUAAAGCACGACUUGAUAGAUGAUGUUAUGAGUGAUAAUGAUGAACCUUCAAAUAUGAAAAAGGAGAAAACUCCAUCGAAAUCAAGGACUGAACCUGUCACAAGACCCAAUUUUAGAGAAUAUAAAGUGCAGACAAAAAUUGAAACUGAUGAGCCUCUUUCUCCUAUUAAGAAAAUUGACAAAACUGACAUUAAGUUCAUGCCAACCUACACAAUUGAUUAUAAAGGAGAUAGACCCAGAAAUGAUGCAGAAACUGUUGUCAAAGAGAGUAUAACAAAAGUAACAUCAGACAGGAAACCAGCUGUGAUAACAUAUACACCCAGAAAUGAUGCAGAAACUGUUGUCAAAGAGAGUGUAACAAAAGUUACAUCAGACAGGAAACCAGCUGUGAUAACAUCAUUACCACCUGUCUCAAAAGAGAAGAAACCAACAGUUGGUUCAUUAGAUAAGGUACCAGCUAUUGUAAAAUCAGACAAGAAACCAGUAAUGUCACUUCCAAUAUCGUUGUCAGUUGAUACUUAUACUAAAAACAAAGGAAAUACUCGUAGUAUGGGAACUGAAGUUUCUGUUGACAUCUCAGAUGACUUUACACAAACAGACAAUGAAAUUCUACCUGCUUAUGAACCACCUCAAAGAAGCCAAAGGAAGGAUCCUAACAGUAACCAGAUCAAAAGUGAACUAGAUAGAUUGCACAAAGAACGAGUGGAGAUCAUAGAAAUGCUGGCAUUGAACUAUCUACCUGCAAGUCUUACUGUAGAAUUACUGGAAGCAAAACUAAACUACUGUAUUGGACAAACUGACUUGUUGCUUGGCUCGCUGGAAGAUACAUGGAAUAACAUUCAAGAUGUUAUUGAUAUUGAAGAAGAACACAAUACUCAUGUUGUCACUAAAGAAUACCUCACAAAAUACAUGGAAGAUCUACGCAAAUCCAAAUAUGAUAUUAAAGUAUGUAAGGAAAGAUUGGACAUUAAAUCUGGAAAAGGUAGAGGUAGGCCUUUGGGAAGAAACCGUGACUUACAUAGGAUUAGGAGACAGACAGAAAUUGAAGCCUUUCAAGCAGAGAGGAAAAUGGAGCAACAAACUUUUAAUACCGUCAAAUCUAUUAACAGGAUAAGCCCUGCAUUUGAUGAAAUUGAUAGAAAGUUCAGGAGUGCCAGUCCUAGGAAUCAUGAUAAAAUUAAUAUUCAUACAAUGUCUCCUUCAGAACAUGCUGCAUAUUUAAUCAAACUACGCAAACAAGUUGUCAAGGCAACUGAACAAGAGGAUGUACGACACAGAAUAAGUAGGUCCUGUUCUCCUUAUGUUGGACAAAGAUAUAAUGUGGAUUAUACCCCUGUAGCAAGUCCAAGAAGUUACUCAGCCUAUUCAAGUGAAACACUUACUGCUUCUCCACGUAUUUCUAUAUCAGUCACGGAACCUGUAGAGAAUGGUAUUGGAUCCUUUACCUCCAGCGAAAGAAGAUAUUCUACUGAUACUUACUCAUCAACCAGUCAACGGAGCUAUUCAGCUGAUGCCAACUAUUACUCAUCAUUGCGUCAACAAACCUAUACUACUGAUAGUCCGUCAAGAAGAUCAGGGUCAUAUAGCAGAACAACACCAACUCUUUUUAACAGGUUUUCAUCUCCAAAUUACAGUAGAUCAAUGUCUCCACAGUAUAACAGGUCCAUUUCACCACAGCUUGAUAGAUCUGUUUCGCCACAGUACAAUCUAAGAACUGAUGUUAUUAGUCCUCAUUCAUUUGAACAGGAAUCAUUGUUAGAGAGUGUUAACAGUGUUAACGAAACUGAACUACUGCUGAGGGAGAUACAAGAAGCUAGAGAACGAAACCAAGUGGAGAUUUCAAGAGCUGAGGAAACCCUUAAUUCACACAGGAAUGGAACAAGCUCCAGUAUCUACAGACCUUAUUCCACUUAUACAAACUCUGCUUGUGAUUCAUUAAACACUACUAAUUUAAGUGGCAGCUAUGAACUUUAUGAUGAACGAUCUAAUGUUACAAUGUCAAGGUCGUCCUCAUGUAGAUCACUUGACCAUGAUUCUGAUUCCGUCCAAAGUAACUAUUUGUCUCCAAGAUAUGAACAAGAAGUUUUGCAUACUCGUCCUAUUCGUUCAUCAGACAUUAAAACACGAAUUCUCAGACACCGGAGAUUGCCACGAACAUGAUGACUCAGGAACAGUAUUAUUAUUCUGUGAUAUAUUUGGUGCCAAAGAUUUAGUUUGUAAGAUGAUAUUAUUAGUGAGAAUUUAUGAGAUAUUUUCGAUAAACUGUGGAGAUAUAUGUAUGAAAGUGUGAGUGAUUUUAAGAAGAAAGAAGACUGGAUGGAUGGAAGAAAAAAUGAGUUAUAUAUUUAUUCUGUUGAUGCAUGGAUGAAAAAUGAAGAUCGUCACAUAAUAUUUAUUUUUACACACAUUACACAUACAUGUAUUCAUUACCAUUUUACAUUUACCAACCUUCUAAAUCUAGAAGUCAUUUACAAAAUUGUACACACAUCCAUUAAUAGAUAACAGAUAUUUUUUUUAAAUAUCUUAUUUUGUUGAUUUUUAGUAGAAAAUUCAUACUUCAUUUAUAAUACUUCAAGCCUUCUUAUUUUAUAUGGCAGUAGUCAUAUUUUAAUAUUUGACAAAUGAAACCGUCCUUUUUUUAAACGAAUAACAAAUUCCUAGUCAUUAAAAUUUGUCUCACUUCAGUUAAAAAAUAUUUCAUAAAGAAUUUUCUUUAUUUUCUGUGAUCAAUUCAUUAUUUUCUAGUCUGAGAAUAUAUUUCUUUACAAUGUGAUAAAUAUAAGAACAAAUUUAAAGUAUAUGAUAUAAAAGUUUAAAUCCAUAUUUAUAUCAAAUUUAUUUUUAUUAUGCAGAUUCAUUUUUUUAUACGCCUGUUUAUGGGACUUAUUAUGGUAUACCGUUGUCCGUCCGUCGUCAACAUGUCGGACAUUAACUCAAAAACGCUUUAACCAAUUUGCAAUAAACUUUGGUUAAUUGUUUAUAUCUAUUGACGUGAGUUCCCUUUCAAUUUUUUAUAUAUUUUAGAUUUUACGUUUUCGAGUUACAGGGUUUUAUUCAUAAAAAAAGGGGGAUUUUCCAGUUUUCUGACAAAAAAAUCAAAAAUUCUGUCAGCAAUUCUCAUGAAACUUUGGUGAAUUGUUUAUAUCUAUUGAUGUAAGCUCCCUUUAUAUUUUCAUAAAUUUCUAAAAUGACAUUGAGAAUUAAUUGAACUUUAAUUGUUUAUAGUCUGACAACACUCAACAGAUUUACUAAGUAUUGCGCAACAGCACAGUGUAUUGCACAACAGCAAGAAAUCUUUAAUUGAAUAUAAAUUCAAUUCAUAUAACCAAUUUCAAGUUCUUUGACUACAUUUAUUCAGAAACCUAUAAUAUGUCAAAUAUUUAAUACAAUCCAAAUUCAGACCUGUAUCAAGCUUGAAUAUUGUGUCCAUUUUUGCCCCAACUGUUCAGGGUUGGACCUCUGCGGACAUAUCCAGCUGCCCUCAGCAAAGCAGUUUAUUAUUGAAUGUACCAGUAUGUCAUAACAACAGGAAAAAUAUGAUCAAUACAUGUUUGAAAUUUCCAUUGUUCAUGUUGAUCAAAUAUAGUUUUUUGUUCUAAAUUUUAUAUAUGAAAUAUUUUUGCAAUUUGCAAAAAAUGGAUAAAAUUCUGAAAAUAUUUUAAUUAAUUUAAAAACAUUUAUGCAAAUAUGGCUUUCUAAUGAUAAAGGAACAAAAUAAGGGCUGUGUGCCAUAGCCCAAAAAUGAAUGUAAAAAUAUGGCAUAAUCAUGUUUAACAAGUUAUAUAUCAAAAUAAGUACAUGUGCAAAUGAUGUGAUAAAAUUAGAAAUCUAUGCAUUGUUGAAUUGUUAAAAUAUUUAUUUAUUGUUUUUUUUAAGAUGUGUAAUGAUAAAAUGUUCAACAUUCCAAUUUUUAUACUGACAAUUUGAGAGUUAUUAAUUGUUCACUUGACAUCAAACAUUGUUACUAUGAAAACUUACAAUGGAACCUUGUCUAUCUGUUACCUGUUCUUCCAUGCCUGUAUUUACUUUUUGGGCAACCAGUCUAUUAUGAUCCUUUAAUACAUAUUGAAACUGAAUUUACAAUUUUUAUUUAUAUAUUUAUUUGGUCUAAAUGGAUAUCUGUUGAAAAGAUUUUAAUUUUUACUUAAAUUUACAAAUAAAUGAUUUUUGCUGUGUAUGAAAGAAAAGUUUUUUUCACUUAUGUAUUAUGUUAUCACUAUAUUUUUUUUUCUCAAAAUGUGAAUAUUUUUUAUUCAUAUAGAAAUAAAAUGGUCUCAUCACAAGAAGAAAACACAUUAGGUUCUUCUGUUUGCCAUAUGUAGAAUUAGUAGAUACUUCAUGGACAUGGCUUAUUGGCCUUCUAUAGGGUAAACAGAUGGGUGGUCUUAUGAUCAUUGUAUGUAACAUGUAGGCUUGAAUUUUGUUAGGAUGAACUGUAAAAAUUAAUUAUUUUGAUGAACUUGCCAGUUUUACCAAUAGUUUGUUUGGUGGAUAAAUAUUUAAGAUACCAUUGUUUUAAUUUAAAAAAAAUAAUAAUAUUAUAUUCAGGGAUUCGUGUAGAUAUAUAAAUUGAAUACUCUGCAGUAUAAAUUAUCACCCCUUUCAUUUUAUUCAUUUCAUUUUCAAUGGUUGACAAUAGAGAAUGCCGUCCAAAUAUUAUAUUUUACAGAAUUUUUACAUCUUUUCUUCAAUCAUUCCCUGUAUAAAACAUCUUCACCCAAAGAAAAGGUUGAAACUAUUAUUUUUUUUUUAUAUUUUCAUAAAAUGAAAUUUAUUACUUUUAUAUUUAAAAAUAUUUUGUUCCAGCCCUAUAUUUAUAUCAAUUCAUUACAUUCCAAUGAUAUUUAUUGCGGGACUCAGUAAAAAAUAGCUUGAGAAACAGAUUUUUUAUACACACCUUAUUACUGGCUAUCUGUACCGCAGAUGCAACAGGUAACACAGGUCAAAAUCUGCUGUACACGAUUGCAAAAUCCAAUCGAAAUGCAGACAACAAUCUGCUGCAUACAAUGGCAAAACAUUCUUUUUUAAUAGCAAUCGGGAACAUAGAUGCUAUUUUAUCUGCCAUAACUGCCAUAAUGAUAGCCAGUAAUAGGGUGUGUUAAAGGUAUUUUAAUGCUGUCAAGGAAAUAUUUCAUAUGUUUCAUUUCUGAGAGAAUGAAACUAACUAAAAACACAAUGUUGUAUUGAAGUUACCUGUGAUAUGUAAGAAAUUCAUUGUUCAUAAUAUUUAGAAUAUUAUAACAUGGUUAUUUACUUUAUGCUUGAAAUUAUCAGUUCAUAUACAGCUGAAAUAGGGUGUUGAAGAAGGUGAGGGCAUUCCUUGGUAUAUUAUUGAAUUUUCACAAGUUAAGAAUAUUUUCACUUGUUGCACUAAGUAAUAAAUAUAUUUAUAUAAGUUAGUCUGAUGAUGACAAUAAAAUAUUGAAAAAUAA